AUGGAUCCGGAAGCGAUUCAAACGUACGUCUAUCCGGCGCAGAUUUCGCGGCGUGAUUAUCAGUUUGACAUGGCGCGUAACGCCCUGCUGACGAACUCACUGGUAUGCCUGCCCACGGGUUUGGGCAAGACGCUCAUCGCGGCGGUGGUGAUGUACAACUAUUACCGAUGGUUUCCCACGGGGAAGAUUAUUUUUAUGGCGCCCACGCGACCUUUAGUGGAUCAACAGAUGUCAGCGUGUCACACCGUGGUGGGGAUUCCCGCCUCUGACACCAUCGUAUUGAUGGGAAGCACGAAGAAGGACGACAGCGGAUCGAGACGAGACUUUUGGCGAGAGAAACGUCUCUUCUUUUGCACCCCGCACACGGUAGCGAACGAUUUGGAAAGCGGCGAUUUGGACGCCAAACAAAUCGUGUGCGUCGUCGUCGAUGAAGCGCACCACGCGCGAGGACAGUACGCUUCCGCGGAAGUGCUUCGUUUACUUCACGAACGAAAAGUGAGAUUUCGUUUAUUGGCGCUCACGGCGACGCCGGGGCAAGGAUUGGACGAAGUUCAAAAAGUCGUCGAGACGCUGCGCAUCGGACGUAUCGAUUUCAGAAGCGACCAAGACCCCGAUGUUUCGCGUUACACGCACAAGCGCGAGAUGACUGUGGAAAAGGUCAAGCCCGAUCAGGCGAUGUCUCACGUGCAGGACAUGCUGUGCGAGCUACUGCGCCCGUGCUGCGCGCAACUCGUCAACAUGGGCGCGCUCGGCGAAGCGGGCUUUCGAAUGUUGACGUUUAUUAAAAAUAAAGCCACAAACGGGGCAUCGCGCGUCGAACCACCGGCGUGGUUCACGCUGCAAUCCGCACAGCAGGCGAUAUAUAGAAAUCAGCACCAAACCGCGAUGGAACUCAGUAAGGCGUACGAGCUUUUGCUCAAGUACGGCGCCAAGAGCGCGUACGAUUACAUCGAUAAGCGCGGUCGAGACAAGAGCAACACGCUCGUUCAUCGCAGCGACCCAGUAUCAGUAGAGUUGGUGGAUUUGAUUCGUUCGAUGUCGUCAAACGGCGCACAUCACUCGCCAAAACUCGACAGAUUGACGUCGAUUCUAAAGCAACACUUCAGAGACGCUACGGCGGAUACGCGAGUGAUCAUUUUCACAUCGUACCGUGAAAGCGUCAAGGACAUCGUUCAAGCCCUUCGCGAGGUCCCCGCUGGCGAGGACACCGCGUGCAAGAUUAAAGUUGCAGAGUUCGUCGGUCAGGGCGAUACGGGCGCGACGGGUAAGAAACGGGCGCCUGGUGCUACCUCGCGCGGUACUAAGGGACAGACGCAAAAAGAACAAAAGCAGACGCUGGACGAUUUCAGAGCCGGAACGCUGAACACACUCGUGGCGACAUCCAUCGGAGAAGAGGGAUUGGACAUUCCGAGCGUAGAUUUGAUUUUUUUCUUUGACGUCGUUGAUACCAUUCGUGCCAUUCAACGAAUGGGUCGAACUGGUCGAGCGCGCGAUGGCAAAGUCGUCAUUCUCGCGACGGAGGGUAAAGAAUACGCCAAGUUUACGAGCGAGCAGAAAAAGUACGAAACUUUGAUGACGUGCCUACGAAUGCCAGAAACGCACUUUCGGCUCGACAAAAAGUGUCCUCGCAUCGUUCCAGAUGGCGUGACACCG